AUGACAAAAAAUUCUCUCCACGCGUUGAAGAAGUUUCUUCGUACCAAGGUGCUACGGGCCAAACGCCGAACCCUAACUGACCUUCCGGUGGGGCUGAUUGAGCUGAUCGGAACGAAGCUCAUCGAUCAUCCGACUUAUGAGCGACUAGCCAUACCACAAUCGACGCCGGAAGGGCGGCAGGCAAUUUACAACACUCGUUCAUCAUGUCGAUUUCUCUAUAACGCCUUCAUGGAUAUCUUCAUAGAGAUCGUCCAAGACAUGCCAUAUCAUUGCACAGAAGAAGGUUUCCGCCCUUUGCUUCGGCUUUUACAAGUUCCUGAUGUGUCAAAGAAUAUCAGACAACUCACUGUUGGCGGAGCUCGUAUGCUCAAUCUGAAAGAGGAAGAGAAACAGGCGGCCUGGAUAGAAGGACACUUGACGGAUACUCUCAGGACGAUACUGAAUAUUUUACCUCACGUGGCCAGUAUCAGAUGUGUUCCAAUGAACACGUACAUAUUCGAGAAAAAAGACAUCGAGGAAAGUGGCAUGGUACUUGACGAUGUGGAGAAUAACUUCCAUACGUCAAUGGCCAUCUUGACACGCAUUCAGAACGCAUUAAGGAUGACUGUUCACGCAGCUGCCAUUACUUCUUUCACUUUAAGAUGCAACUAUGGCCACGACGUUGAGUUGGAAGAAGCAAUGUCUGGUACAAAAUGUAACCGUGUAACUAUUCUGCCUCUCUUUGAAAACCCCCACUAUGAUCUCCAGCACCUUACAGUCGAUUUGGAAUGUCUCCAGACAUUCGGCGCCAAUGCGAACGGUCACAUAUCACUUCCCGACCUCGAAACCUUGACAAUUAUCUUGACACGGUCCAAGAUUGACAAUGAAGAAAUGGUGGGAUUAGAUAUACUGGCGAGUACACAACCUCAACAACUCACGUUCACCGGUCGUGGGAGUAUCUCUUUGAGUCAACUUUAUUCCCUCGUUUCCCCAUUCACUACUCGGCAUCGCCCACCAUCCCACCUAGUCUUACGUGAGACGGCCAUAAGACUGGAGCAUGGUCACCAUGACCCCAAUCCGCCCCGUCCGAUCGGCUUUUGGCACACCUUCCGGAUCAAUAUCUUGGAGAUCCAAGACGUAACAUGGAAUCGAUAUGUCAGCGCAUCUUCCAGGCGGAGGAGCCAAGGAUGGUGCGAGACAGGCUGGGAUAUGUUCCCUUAUCUUUGCGAACUAUCGGACGCUGUGCGUGUACGUAUAUCGCUGGGCGGAUCCAAGAAGGAAUAUCUUCAGAGACCUAAUGUGGCUCGGGAAAUUGAGGGUUGUAGCGAUUCCGACGAGGGGGCCGACGAGGAUGAAGGCACAGGGAUCGAUCAGGUUGUUGGGUAUAACAGCGACAGAUAG